UUGGUUGGUAUGCUUGACAGCUAUUACAAUGCAGCAUUGUUUUUCCUUCACUUCCAUGAAAUAAAAUUGUAUUAUGAACAAAUUAUGUUAAAAAUCUAGAAAAUAAAAUCUAGCAAUAAUAGUCGUAAGAAAUGUUUUUGCACAGAGUAAGUAGACAGUUGUUGACAGCCAAUACUGUGUUUAGUGUAAAAACCCUGCGAUGUUUGAACAUUGCUUUCGGGAGAUUUGAAACUGAAAUUAUCGAUAAAUGGAAACAGAAAUUUGCAAGUGAAAAUGUGUCGGAGAUCGAAAAUUCGAUUAAAUACAUUCUUGAGCACGUAAUUGAACAAAAAGAGACCUUGACUGAACGAAAGAAUGACCAAAAAAUCACACUAACAAAAGAACAACUAAAUCGAUUUGAACAGCUAUGUGAGUGUCGUAUGGCAAGGAUGCCAGUCCAAUAUAUUAUAGGAGAAUGGGACUUUUGUGAUUUAGAGCUAAAAAUGAGGCCACCAGUUUUCAUUUGCCGACCUGAAUCUGAGGAACUUGUUGAAUUGAUAUUGCAACAAUGUGAUGACAAACUAACUAUGCGAUUCCUAGAAGUAGGCUGCGGUUCAGGAGCAAUUUCAUUGGCAUUACUUCAUUCCCUGCCUAAGGCCCAAUGCAUAGCAAUUGAUCAGAGUGGAUAUGCUUGCAAUUUGACACUUGAGAAUGCUACUAACUUGGAACUGAAUGGUCGCAUUAAAAUAUUAAAACACAAGCUAACCAAUGAAAGUGAAAUUCCUGAGGUUGAGGGGAAAUUAGAUCUAAUCGUCAGCAAUCCUCCAUAUGUACCCACAAAUGACCUAAAAGUACUUGCUCCCGAAAUUUCACU